UGUAAAAUGACUCGAAAAAAUCCCUGUAAAAACUGUAAACAACGGCAUCGAAAGUGCGAAAGAGUGAAUGAUUUGGAGCCCUGCAAGCGUUGCAUCCAGGCUAAUCGGAAGUGCAUACCUUCAACGCUUGUGUUUAGAUCACAGGGCUCAGAUGAGGAAGAGGAUCUUGAUGUGGAAGAAUUGCAGAUUCAGUUUUGUUCUACCUACAAUCUUAUCCGACAACUUGGAAAUCAAGUUGAAACAUUAGAAGCUGAUCUUGCAAAACAAAAAGCAUUGAUAAAAAACGAACCUCAGUGGCAUUUUGAUAUUGUGAAUGGACAACUCCGGCUUCAGUCUGACAUAAAGACUAUUCGAGAACUACUACAAUAUCGCAAGGCUUUUAUUCGGUACAUAUCACCCUUUGGAAACACAUUUGACAAAAAACUUUUUUUUGAUCCUGAAAAAACGACUUCCACUUUUCUCAUCACUGUAUUGGAUAUGUUUAGGACACAAGGGCGGCACCAUUCGUCUUCAGAUAGUGCAGCCAUUGCUGAACAUUUUGCAAAGGGGAUCAGGCAAUUUGUACAUCCUCGCACCGUUGUUGGACAGCUUGUUGACGCCUAUUUUUGCUGCUACACCGAAAGCAUACCUAUUUUACAUGAGCCUUCUUUUCGAAAGCAUUUCUCGAGACUCAAGGAACCACUGAAUGAUCCAGUCACUUUAGCCAUUUGUGCUUCCACUUCUUUAUUUACCUGUCAUCAUUCAUUUUUCAAUUCUCAAGAAAAGAGAUACAUUGGUGAAUACUUUUACAAGCUGUGCAUGGAUGUGUUACUAGACAUAUUUGACGAUCCUGACCGAGCAUUAGAGACAAUGACAUCUAUCAACUUGAUUCAACCGUUUAUGUUUACCACAUUUCGAUCUUAUGAAAGUCAAAAAUGGAAUGCUAUUGCUCUAUUGAUUGCUGGUCAUCUUGGAAAUGAAUUACAAGCAUGCUGUCAAAACGGGAUUCACUUUGAUGAAGCAACACGCAUUCGACAUGCUAUCAUUUAUCGAAAUGUGUGUAUUGCAGCAGCAAAUAGUUUUACUGUCGAUUAUAACAAAGCAGUGCAUAAAGAGACAUUACCCAAUGUUGAUAAACUACAGUUUGACGUUUUGCCUGAUGAAUCAAAAAAAGCCAGAUAUUUGAUGCAGGUAUCUUACCAUUUAUCUGGUUUAAAAAAAGAUUCUUUAUAUCAAUAUGCAGUAAGACACACGAAAAUGUUUAAUUUGGGUGGAGAGAAUGGCAUCUCUUUCGAGGUGAUCAUCGAAUUUGAAAACAUGAUUACUAAAUGGUGGAAGGAGUUACCGAAUGAUUUGAAGAUAUGUAAAGAACCUUACAGUUUAACGCAAGAGGUUUUGGAGAGUUGUAUCUGUUUCCCCAAAAUAUUUCUUGCCUAUCAUGUCUAUACAAUCAUGCUGGAAAUACAAUGCUGCUUUAUACAUUCUGUCUAUAGAAAAGACGGGGAUAAAAACGAUUUUACUUUUGUACUCAAGAGAGCCAUGCACUUGUUCAAGUAUUUAGCCAUGUCAUCCCUUUCACUUUUACGACAAAUGAAGAAAAUGGAGGAUGUGUGCUACUGUAAGUCUAUAUGAAUGUUGUUAUAGAGUCCUAACAUGGUCCCUCUAUAGUUCCUUCUAAAUUUCUGAUUCGUUCAAUUGAUCGCUUCAUGACAAUUGCAAGAAUCAAAGAUAAAGACAUUAUGGAUAUGGCAAAGGAUUUACUAAGACAACAUAUGAAUGCAAUAGCAGAAUACACUUUACCAGACCAUCAUGUAUCACUGAAUGACUCACCUUAUUCACUUAUUUCAAAUGUGCCAAUCUCAAAACUGAAAUUAUCAUUGAAUGAAUUGUAUAAAGAAUACCCUUUGACAGGCGAUGCUAUCAUGUUUGAUAUUGUUCAAACAACUAUUCACGAUAUUCUUCAAUCGUGAAAUUGUAAAUAAAUAUAUAUUUAAAUGGUAAUGAUUCUAUAGUGCAUACAAAGAAUAAUAAUAAUAAAAAAAGAGGAUGGAAGUCUUUAUUUUG